AUGAGUCGUCUAAGCAGAAACCCCUCCAGACAGGAGUAUGCAGAUGAGGAGACUAUGGUUGAGGUCAAGCGCGAGGAGUCCGUCGAUAGUGAGGUUGCAGACGACCUGAGCAACGCCCGCGUGGCCGCAGUCAAGCAGGAAAAUGCGGCGAGCCCCCCAGAUUCACCCUCUCUCGCCGCCGCGCAACGCAAAGAAUCUCGCUCGCCGUCCACCUCGACGGCGUCCUCACGCCGACCUCUGACCUCAGAUCGGGACACGGCAUCGGCGACUGCCAAGAGCGAAGCGAAGGAGUCGGACUCGAAUGGCCACCGUCACACUCACACCUCCACCUCAAACCCAACCUCGCCUGGCAAGCCUGAGCCCAAGGAACUCUCGAAGCCCGCGAAGGCCCCCCCCCGAACAGCUGCGUCCAAGCUGCCUCCGCGCGUCGCUCCUCUCUUUGAUCAUCUUCCCGACGCCACGGCCGAAGCCACCUCUACAUUCACACUCAUCGAUGCCUGCACCUAUCAAAAUAAAUAUCUGGGCUUCAGUGAACAUGCACUCGACUGUGAUUGCUCCGAAGAAUGGGACGCGACCACUCAGCGAAACCUCGCAUGCGGCGAGGAUUCCGACUGCAUCAAUCGCGCUUGUAAGAUGGAAUGUGUCAAUGACUGUGGUUGUGGUACAUCAUGCCAGAACCAGAGAUUUCUUCGGCGCCUGUAUGCGGAUGUGUCGGUCAUCAAAACCGAGAAGAAAGGUUAUGGCCUUCGAACCAAUGUCAAUCUUCGCCCACAUGAUUUCAUUUUCGAGUAUAUUGGCGAAACGAUUCCGGAAGGCACUUUUCGCAAACGCAUGCUUCAGUACGAUGGGGAAGGCAUCAAACACUUCUACUUCAUGUCCCUGAGCAAGGGUGAGUUUAUCGAUGCCACCAAGAAAGGCAAUCUUGGUCGAUUCUGCAACCACUCCUGUAAUCCGAAUUGCUACGUGGAUAAAUGGGUGGUGGGCGACAAACUUCGCAUGGGCAUCUUCGCCGAGCGCGAUAUCAAGGCUGGAGAAGAAUUGGUCUUCAACUACAAUGUCGAUCGCUAUGGCGCCAACCCACAACCUUGUUACUGCGGCGAAUCUAACUGCACGGGCUUCAUCGGCGGCAAGACCCAGACUGAAAGAGCCACCAAACUUUCUCUCACCAUGAUCGAAGCACUAGGCAUUGAAGAUGCUGAUUCAUGGGACACCGUGGUGGCCAAACGUCCCCGGAAGAAAAAGCAAACCGAAGAUGAUGAAGAAUACGUGGACAGCAUUGAAGCGAAAUCUCUGGGUGCUGAGGGCGUGACCAAAGUCAUGGCUGCACUCAUGCAGUGUAAAGAAAAGUGGAUUGCUGUCAAACUUCUGCAGCGGAUCCAGCGGUGUGAUGACGAUCAGGCAUGGCACAGAGUCGUCAGAUUCCACGGCUAUCAGAUCCUCAACUCUCAACUUUCUGCGUGGCGUGAGGACGAAAAUAUCAUACUCCAGAUUCUGGACAUCCUCGAUCGAUUACCUCGGUUGACCAGAAACAAAAUUGUGGACGCGAAGAUUGACAAAACCUUACAACCUCUGACCGGCCACGCCGACGAGAGAGUAUCGUCUCAAGCCUCAGCACUACUCGACGCCUGGUCGAAACUCGAAUUGGCCUACCGAAUACCACGGAAGAAGAGAGAUGACGCGUCGACUCCCAUCAAGACCGAAUCAACGCCGUUUGAAAGACGAGAAUCGGCCCAAGAACGGAAGAGAUCCAAAUCCAGGUCUCGGUCACGUAGUCCUCCACGAGGCCCGGCAAAUCUUUCCGCGCCUUCUGGUCCACGAUCACUGCAGCGACCUGGCGGCUUUCAUCCACAACGUCCGUUUCAUCGAGCUCCGCCUCCGUUACCACGAGGCUGGUUUGCCGCCCAAGACAAAGGAAGAACAUAUUAUUAUUCAGCGACUGGUCAAACAACAUGGUCCCGACCGACACAACCAGCCGAUCAACCCCCGCCGCCACUCAAACAACCUUCCGAACAAGACGUGCUCAAGAGCAUCAUUGACAACAUCGUCACUGCUCGAGAACGGGAAGCCAAGAAUACGACGCCCGAUACGCCCGAGCCGGCCAAAGUAAAGAAGGAAGAGAAAUGGAAAUCGUACGACGAAGAGAAGCAGAAGAAGCUGUAUGAAAAUACCCUCUUCCCUCACAUCUCCCGGGUCAUGAACAAAUACAAGCACAAAAUUCCGCGGGACGAUCUGAAACGGUUUGCGAAAGAGAUCGCCAAAAAGCUGGUGGCGUCGGAUUUCAAAGCUGGAAGGGUAAAAGAUCCGACCAAAAUUGACGAGCGACAGCAAAAGAAAGUCAAGGAGUUUUGCAAGCAAUUCUUCGAGAAGGCCUAUCAGAAGCACAAGAAACAUGAGAUGGAGAAAGCUGCUAGGGAAAAAGGGAAGCAACCAACCGCAGUUGAUGGGGUGGUCGUUGCCUCGCCAGCUGGAUUGCCUCCUACGGGGGAUAUCUCGCUAGAGAAUGACGAGGAAGGCGUCAAGAUGUCAGAAGAUGAAGACGUGGACAAUGAAGCGACACCCAGCGCACAAUCACCAUCGGAUCGGAAUGGCGCCGCGACGCUGAAACGCAAGCGGUCUGACGGAGAGGAUUCAACAGUCAUAAAGGAGGGAAACGAUCAAGAGCCGCCAGGAUCGCCGUUAAAGAGAGUGAAUAUGGAAAUUGAUACCCCGCCGCCGCCGCCACCGCCUCCUGCGCCUCCGGUAGAGACGCCACCGUGUAGUACGCCUCGAGAUAGCGAAGGAGACGCAGAGAUGGAGACGGACAUAUAUGGUGACACCAGUUUCAAGGGUAAGAGUAUGGCGGAUGUUUUGGCGCACGCUCAACAAGAAGAUGAGGGUGAUGGGGAGGGAGAUGUGGUGAUGAAUGGGGGGAUUGGGAAUCCUGAGCCUAUUAUGGAGGAGCAAGCAGGGUGA